CUCGGGGUUAGGUUCCUCCGCAAUCCGGGACGGAACCUCAACCCUUCGUGCAUCCAUCCCGAUUCAGUGUGCUCAUCGUGAAUGAACGACCCGAUAAGUCACCCCGCUGCCGUUUGCCAUUGGGUUUGAUAUCAACGCCCCUCUGGGUCAUUCUCAUUCCUUUCACUACCUCACACACCCUCCGCCCAGCAUGAGGUCGACACUCCGGUUGCUGGCCAACGUCAAGCCGGCUCGGUACUUGGAGCCUUUCGCUCCCACCGGCUUGACCGGCCUGAACACUCACCCUAGCCCUCGUCCCACCCUGAUCUUCCUUUACACAUCGACCUUGAACAAGCUCAAGUCCUUCCCCGAGUCCUCCGUCUACCGUCAAUCCACCGAGGCAUUGACCCGCCACCGUCUGCAGAUCAUUGAGUCCACGAAGCCGCCUGGAUUUGAAGCUUGGUUGGAGCGCGUGAAGAAGACCGUCGGCAAUGAGCCUGAGCGCUUCUCUAGCCUUCUACAAGCCAACGGCACGUACGCAGGUGCUGAGCGCCUCGAUGGUAGCGACAAUGCCCGUGGAGAGGAGUGGGAUGGCGAAGCCUUGGAGGCAACCACUGAAGGUCCCGCUCGUACUCCAGCAGAAGAAGCCCGUUUCACACAGCUCUUGGAGGAGGCUUCUUCUCCUAAGAACAAUGAAUCGGACUUCCACCCUGAGGAGAAGAAGUGGGAGGCUGAGCCCGCUCUGACGGCAGAACAGAUCUCUGAAAUUGAGCAGCAAAUCGGUGCCGGUCUUAUUGAGGAAAUUAUUCAGGUCGCCGAGGGUGAACUGAAGGUUGUUGAUGAGUUGUACAAGUCGAAAGCCUGGGAGGAACUUGAGGAGAAGGCUAGACCUGGCCAGUGGUCUUACUUCGAGCGCCCCGAGUAAGUGCUCGGCAUAAUAGGGUCUUCUCAUGAAUGACAGACUUGACUUAAGAAUUCCCAUUGUUUGUAAUUAUAAGUUUACGUGUGUCCAAUCAAAACCAAUCACAAUUGCAUGAUGA